UCAAAUCCCUUAAAGAACGAAGCACGGACGGCAGGACGAAGACGGCACUGUCCUGCAUAGAAAAAUAAAAAAAUAUCUAUCUGUCCUGUCAGGUCCGGCUCGGCGUGUCGGAGAUUUUAAUAAAGUUAUAUUGGAUUUUAUUAAACCUCUAACCAAUUUUUUAGAAUCCAGUCAUGUUUCGAAUAACACAAAAAAAUGUAUUCAAAAACAUUUCAACUAUAAUAAAGCAAAAUUUAAAAUGUAUGUCGAAUUACGAAAAAUAUGCCGACCACAUAGAUUUGACUAAAAUCAGAAACAUUGGAAUCUCUGCUCACAUUGACUCCGGUAAAACAACACUAACGGAACGGAUUCUUUAUUAUACAGGUCGAAUAGAAACGAUGCAUGAAGUCAAGGGAAAAGACAAUGUAGGAGCUACAAUGGAUUCUAUGGAAUUGGAAAGGCAAAGGGGCAUUACUAUUCAGUCCGCUGCUACGUACACGUUGUGGAAGAAUCAUAAUAUAAAUAUUAUAGAUACACCUGGUCAUGUUGAUUUUACUGUUGAGGUUGAGAGAGCUUUAAGGGUUCUAGAUGGGGCAAUUUUGGUUUUAUGCGCAGUUGGGGGAGUCCAAAGCCAGUCUUUAACAGUAAAUCGCCAGAUGAAGAGAUACAAUGUACCAUGUUUAGCUUUUAUUAACAAAUUAGAUCGCUUAGGGGCCAAUCCUGUUCGAGUUCUUUCACAAUUGAGGUCAAAAAUGAACCAUCAUGCAGCUUUUGUACAGCUUCCUAUAGGCGUCGAAUCGAAUUGCAAGGGUGUCAUUGAUUUGAUAGGCCAAAAAUCAAUUUAUUUUGAUGGCGAUUUUGGAGACCAAAUUCGUUACGAUGAAAUUCCUAAAGAUAUGAAGACAGAAAGUGAUGAAAGGAGACACGAGCUCAUUGAACAUUUAUCCAAUUGUGAUGAUCUUUUUGGUGAAUUGUACUUGGAAGAAAAACCAUUUACUGAUUCUGAUAUUAAAGCUGCGAUACGCAGAUCCUGUCUCAAAAGGGCCUUCACACCAGUAUUUGUAGGAACUGCUUUAAAAAAUAAAGGAGUACAGCCACUGUUGGAUGGAGUGUUGGAAUAUUUACCAAAUCCAGGAGAAGUUAGUAAUUAUGCUUUGAAAGAAAGGGAGGGAGAGGAGCCUCAGAAAGUAUAUUUGGAUCCAGCUAGAAAUGGUAAUAACCCCUUUAUUUCGUUGGCAUUUAAGCUAGAAGCUGGUCGAUUUGGUCAGUUAACUUAUAUGAGAUGUUAUCAAGGGAUGCUGCAAAAAGGAGACAGCAUCUACAAUAUGCGUACACAAAGAAAAGUAAGAGUCGCCCGUUUGAUACGCUUGCAUUCCAACAAUAUGGAAGACGUGAACGAAGUGUAUGCCGGUGACAUUUUCGCACUAUUCGGCGUAGAUUGCGCCAGCGGAGACACUUUCGUAACCGAUCCCAAGCUGGAUCUGUCGUUAGAAUCGAUAUUUGUUCCUGAUCCGGUAGUUUCUAUGGCCAUUAGUCCGACGAACUCUAAGGAUAGAGAUAAUUUUUCGAAAGCGGUAGCCAGGUUUACGAAAGAAGAUCCCACUUUUCAUUUUUUCUUUGACGAUGACAGCAAGGAGACGAUCGUGUCCGGUAUGGGUGAAUUACAUUUAGAAAUCUACGCUCAGAGAAUGGAACGGGAAUAUAACUGUCCGGUGACAUUAGGUAAACCGAAAGUAGCCUUUAGAGAAACCCUAGUGGCGCCCUGCGAAUUCGACUACCUGCACAAAAAACAAUCAGGCGGUCAAGGUCAGUACGCCAGAGUUAUCGGCAUUCUGGAACCCUUGCCGUCCAACAAAAACACUGUGCUGGAAUUCGUCGACGAAACCGUCGGUACCAAUAUUCCCAAACAGUUCGUUCCCGGCGUCAAGAGAGGGUACCUGUCGAUGGCUCAAAAGGGGCUAUUGGCAGGUCAAAAACUGUCCGGUCUCAGAUUCAGAUUGCAAGAUGGUGCUCACCAUAUGGUCGAUUCCAGUGAGCUUUCAUUUUUCUUGGCCACACAAGGAGCUAUAAAGCAAACUUUCGAAACCGGCGCUUGGCAGAUUCUGGAGCCCAUCAUGGCCGUAGAAGUCACCGCUCCGGACGAAUUCCAAGGUGCCGUAAUGGCGCAGCUGAACAAACGCCAAGGCAUCGUUACCGCAACCGAAGGAACGGAAGGUUGGUUCACAGUCUACGCCGAGGUACCACUCAACGAAAUGUUCGGUUACGCCGGCGAACUGAGAUCUAGCACGCAGGGUAAAGGGGAAUUUACGAUGGAGUACAGCCGGUAUUCCCCUACGUUGCCCGGCAUCCAGGAAAAACUCAUUUUGGAGUACGAGAAAUCCAUGGGUUUGGCGCCGGAAAAGGAUAAGAAAAAGAGGAAAAAUUGAGCAGUGUUGUAAAUAGGUGAAAUAAUUUAUUAUGAAAAAUAGGAUAAUAAACAUUUUUAUUUCGUCCAAUGAAGUAUACUAUAGGAUCAAAAUAGUUAUGGCUAUCUGUCAAGUAAAUUGAUGGUUAUGAUGAAAACAAUGUAGUAUGAGUUCAAAUAAUCGAUUGUAAAAAAACUCUUUUAUAAAAAGAAUCUGGUAAAAAACAUCUAUUGUAAAAAGAAGCGAUAGUAAACAAGAAAAUGAAUGAUAGCAAAAUUAUAUAAAAAUAUAGACCUUUGCCAUAAAAACUGCUAUCAUGCAUUUUCAAAUAAACUAUGAAUAAGGAAUUGACUACAUUAUAAAAUAUGUUACUUUUCUGAUUUUUUUUAAUUAAAUCCUUGUUUACAGAAAAUCCACUUUACUUGUUUUAGGAACACUUACUGACAAUUGACAUGACAGCUGAUUACUUAUUAUAUUUUCAUUGGAUGGAUGUAUUUUAUUUGUACAUAUUUAAAAUCAUGUGAUACAUAACUAAACUUUUUAAUAAACGUUUGUUUUGUUAUACUUAA